AUGUCCCCUGCGGCCUUUCUCUCUCCCGAAGGAAGUAAGUAUGUCGAGGAUAAGGACGUGGACUCGCCACUUCGUGCUGUGUGGUCGCCGGUGGUAUCUCGUCUUGCGUCUGGCCCUUUGACCGGCGUUCCGUACGAGCGUGUGCUGGAGACUCAGCUAAGAGUCGUUGCCAUGCACAUGCGCCACGGUGCGUACGAGCUCGGCCUCGAUGUGCUCAAGACUGCGGUUUUGGCGCUGGCGCGAGUCUAUUCGGGACCGCUUGCCCUCUUUUCCCGGCUCUACGAUCCGGUCCUCGACACCGCACGGAUGUUUAUGGCCGCGCUCAUCUCGCGCAGCGAUCCGUCACUCCUCACCUCGCUGACCACAAUUGUGGCCCAUCCGAUUCGAGUCGGCGCCGCGCUCUCUCCAGACAUCGGCACCAAGCUUGUCGAGUUGUUCGCCCAGGCCGGCUCGGACCUCUCUGCCCGCACGCUUCCGGUCUCGCAUCCGCUCGCGGGCGUGGCCGAGCACAUGCACUGGCUCGCGGCUGAGAUUGCCGGCUCGCUCCGGCUCCAUAACGCCCACGUGGAGCGGCUUAUCGCCAUGGGCGACGCCUUUGUGGAAAAGGCGCUCGCUCUCCGUGCCGCCGGAUCGAUCGAUCCGUUCACCGCUGGCUACCAGCGGGCGACCUCGAUGUACAACGCGGCGUGGCGUGCAGCUCAGAGCCACUCGGACGCCGUCGCCCCGACAACGCUCGCCGCCGCGGCUGUCUCGCUCGCCCGUGUUCCGCUCCUGCUCCUCGCCCACUACUCAGGCGACUUUCAGUCGACCCUCGAUCGCGCCCGACAGCUCGCUUACUUCAACCCGCAUCUUGUGCCUGGUGAGCAGCACAUCUCGCUCGCCACCCUUGUCCGCAUGGCCGAUCGUCUUGCUAACGCGGGCUGUCACUCGCAUGCCCAGUCUAUUCUCUGCUUUGCUGUUCAGUAUGCCUCACUUUUUGAGGCUCUCCUCCCGCAGGUUCUGCCUCUCUCUGACAAGCUCGAGCGGACCUCGCAGCUGCUGUAUGCCCGCGAUCCCGCGAGCGUGCUUGCUGGCAAGCCCGAGCUUGGUCUCGAAUCGUAUGACGAGUCCGAGUCGUCGCGAGCCGGCGAGGCCACGUCGUCCGAGGCUGGCGGCUCGCUCGAUCUUGCGGCUACAGCUGGCCUCGGAUCGAGCUCUGGCCGGCAUUUUCUCCCGGCCGAGGCCCAGUGGGUUCGCAACCGGCGCAUCGUCCUUGCGCUGCGCGUGCUUCUCAUGACGCUCUCGGAGCGCACAUUUGGCGCCUCGCCGUUUGGCGGGCCGCAGGCCGAAUCCGGCCCAGGAUCGGUCCUUCCGCCGUUUUCGGUUCUCGAUGCUGAUGAGGACAUGGUUCGCUUUGUCUCGAUGCUGGUCACCCAGUGGGCUCUCGCGCUCCCACCGUCGACCAUCACCUUUUCGGCAGUCUUUCACCACUUUGACACUUGCACCGAGCUACAUGCCGCGCUUCAGCCGCGCGGCAAGGCGUACAUGCUGCAUCUAUACGCCUCGGGCCUCGAUGCCUUUCUUGCCUUUCGCGUCCGCGACGCCUUCAACUACUUUGGCGCCUCGCCCGAGCCGUUUGCGCUCAUCACCGGCUCGACGCUCACCUCGCGCGAGCUGCACCCGUUCUCGGGCCUCGACUCCGUCUUUGUCGUCGCCCACGACUCGUCGGCCACCGCGUACGUCACUGGCCUGGCGCAGCUGCUCGCCACCGAGCUGUACAACCUCGGCGAGACCCGUGAGCUGACGGAUGUCAACCUUGCGCUGCUCAACGGUUCAGACCUGGACGUGGAGAUGGCACCUGGCGCGCUCUCGCCGUCGCCGGCCGAUAUCUCAUCGCCCGGCGCCACUUUUGGCCUGCCGCUCUCGCUGGACAAGGUGGACAGGACGCGCGCACCAUCGCCAGCCGCCUUUGUCUUUUCCCAGCAGAGUGACCGCCCUGGCGAGGUCGGUUCGUGCCCAGACGCUAAUGACGCCGCAAGUAGCGGCUCGUGUUCCGGCUCGGAGAGUGAGUCCGAGGCAGAUGUCGCGCUUGGCGGGCGCGACCGGGCCCGGCCCAACUCAGCCGGCUCCAUCGCCGAGCUAGUGGACGCCGAGCGAACUUCGCCGCGAUCCGAGUCGGUUUCGCGGCUUUCGGGCCUGAGUCGUAGCUUAGUCCGCGAGCCGUCAAUCGGCGAGAGCGGGCGCCGAUCGCGGCCGCGGUCCGCCGACCUCACCCUCGCCUCGCUCAGCCUCGGUGGCGGCGGGCACGAUGUCGCGCGUGGCCUGCUUACCUUUGAUGACGAGCGCCCUGCCGGGAGCUCGGAGCCGACCACGCCGCGGCUGGAAGAGUCGGCCAACAUGGCCGGGCUGGGCCAGCCGGAGAGCACGGCGGCUGAGGCUGCAGCAGUCCGGCUCGAGGCCUCGUUUGUUCUUCACCCAGUUUUACUUUCAGGCGCAUCUGGCGGCGCAGACCCGAGCGCCGUGGACCUGUUUGAGGCUUAUCGGGCGGCCUGCGAGCCGUGUAUGGCUGGUGCGCUGUGGUGUGAGUGGGAGACCGGGAUGCGGUCGCCGGCCGGCUCGCUCCUGGCCGGUUUUGCCUACCCGCGCAACUCACGGUAUCUCCGUGCGCUUGCAUUUAGCGUCAACGACCUGCACGCCGCAGUCAUCACUCCGCUCCUCCUCUUUCUCCCAGUGAGCGCGUACCCAGUGGCGUCGAGCUAUGAGGCACUCGGGCAUCUGGCGCGAACAGGUGCUGUCUCGUCCAGGAUUCUCGGCGCGGUCCAGAGCGCGCUGGGCCUUGCAUGGGAUGCGGCUGUGAGCCGCGGGCUCAAGAUGUCGCUGGCCGACGCGCGGAUCUCGCUCACUGGGCAUGCAGGUCUCACCGAAGACCUUGUCCGGGUUGCGUUUACCGUCAUCCUCCCACUCUACGUUCUCACGUCGAGUCAUACAGCCGAGCUGCCGCCGGGAAGUGGGAUGGAGGCCGCGGGCUCGCUUGCAGCCACGCUCGACGAGUACUGCAGCAUCGGCGUGGUGCUUUGGGCGCAGAUCACGUUGCACGAGGGCGAUGCGCACCUGGCUAUGCAGCAGCUGCUGUAUUUGCUGCAAGAGUUGGAGGCGGCUGGGACCGGCGGUGCGCGGCUCGAGGCAGCGGUGCGGACGGCACUCUCAGACUGCUACCUUUACCGCGGGCGGUAUCGCGAAGCCGAAUCACAGUACGAGCGUGCGGAGCAGUUGCUUGAGGGCAAGCUCGAUCCACACCGCAACAUUACUCGGACUGCCGCACCGCACACGGCACUGCUCCGCAAGAUUGGCGUCGGCCGAGGCGACGGCGGCGAGUGGGAGCCUAUCCGCGGUGGCUUUGUAGCGCCGAGCGCAGCCCGGCGGGCGCUGGGAGGCCUCAUGGAUGAGCUCUCAGUCCACGCUCUUGAUCUAGGCCAUCUCGAGCCGCUCGUCAAGGAGUUUUUUGGCAUGACGCGGUAUCACGCGAACCAUGGAUGGUGCCAGGCGAGUGUGGAGGCGAGCUGGAUGUGGCUGCUCGGGGUGGAGCGUGACCGCACCGGCUUUGCCAGCCAGCUCGCUGCUGCGCGUGCGGCGUCGGAUGCGUCAACUCUGGGGAGCGUGUUGAGCGGGGUCAAGGAGGCUGCGGGCCGGCUGCUGCCGUCAAUGAUGGGAUGGGCGUCGGUGACGCCAGCCCUCUCGCACAUUCUCCAGCUAGAGUCCGAGGCUAGCAGUGAGGUGGUGCAGGCGAUUGAUAGCGUGGUACGCGCGCUCCGGUUUGCCCAGCUCGAGUACCUGCAGGCCAACGCGCCGCGCAAGGCACUGCGGGCGACGGUGGCGGCGUACGCCGAGGCUCAACGCCAGAAGCAAGCCGGACGGGGCGGGAGCGUGCGCGAUGUCGGAUCAUCCGAGGUCGGCCUUGUCCGACUCCUCGACUUGCUCUUUGUUGAGCUGACCGGAGUGGAGACGAUGCGUGCGCCGAUGGCACCGGCAUCGGACCACUCGUCGAGCUUGUACCAGGAGGUAUGCUUCUCGGAGCUUGCCGCGCUCACCAUUCACAUAGUCAACGGAUCGACGGUGCUGUCUGUGGCCGGCAAGAAGCUCCUCUUUUCGGCAAUGUCGGACGCGCUGCCGUUUGCGCUGCGGACGCGGCUGGUGGCGCAGGUCUGCCAGCUCCGCGAGUUUUCGGAGCUCUUUUCGGCAUGGGUCGACCCCGAGUCAUCGCAGCUGCGGUUUGCGGCGCGGACGCUGGGCGACAUCGAGGCUGCGUUGAUGCGGCACUCGCGCGACACACCGUUCCUCCGGGCCGGGUGCUUGGCGGCGCUCGAGGCGGUGGCGGCCGGCGACGCGGUGACAACGUCGGUGGUGGCUACACUCGUCGAUGCCAUGCGGCGGCGGCCGGGCGAUCUCCGGCUGCAGCUCUUUGUCCUCCGUUUUCUUGUCACCCUUGGCGCCCCCGAACAUAUCGAGGCCAUUGACCCUAGCCUCUUGUUCAGCGCCAUGCGGAUCUACCCGACCAACGAGGAGCUUCACUUGAACGCGCUCACGGUGCUGUCGCGGGCGUCGCCGGCGCAGCUGCGGAGCAGCCUCGACCCGGACGUUGUUGUUUCGUCGCUCGCCCACCACGGCGAGUCGGUUGAUGGCCUGACCAAGCUCGCGCUGAUGGCCAUCGGCACCGCCACGCCGCCGCGCGCGCCCAUUGCGUGGACCAGGGCGCUCUUUGACAAGCUCACCGACGCUCUCAACGCAGUCAUGGCCUCUGCCGAGUCAUCGGCCAUGCUUGGCGAACUUGGUGGCAUGGUGACAAGUGUGCUUGAGCAGGUCGAGUCUGCUGUGCAGUGAUGUGCUCAUCUGUCAUCACAGCCAUCGUAUGGUGCCUGCUAUCCGCCAUGAGAGGUGGCAGUGCGGCCGAGAGAGCGCCGAGGCCCUUCUAUCCACAGCGACCGUUUUCUUUAAA